AGAACUGCGUGACGCGCAGGAGCCAUUUUGGAUCAUUUGUUUGGCGAGGAGCGCUGCCGUUCUUUACUCAAACAGGAAUCGAAGGCCGGAGACGUCAAAGAACCGAUCAAAAGUCGUUUUGCUCAAUUACUGAUAAGUAUGGGUCCGCCAAGAAGCAAAUCUCGUCGCAUAUCUCCCGAAAGAACGGAGGAUUUCUGUUGGUUUGUCACUUUAUCUUGACAUGGCAUGGCUGGCUAGGUUGGUUGUUUGUGACGACUGAAAAAAAAAAAAAGCUCGAAAACAAGCGGAGAUACUACCUUGAAGCGACAUCAGAAGAGAAAAUUAAUCUACUGUCAACUGUUGGCAUAAUUUAAUAUACGGUUGUUACCCCUUUGACGAGAUGGGACAAAGCUAGUUAGCUAGUUAACAGGCUUUGUAACUAGUUCAACAAUGUGGCUGCAAUUUAGACUCCUCAAAAUGGUGACGAGCAACAAUAGUUAGCUAGGUGGCUAGCAAGCCUCGCAAGAUCCGGGUGUUCACUGUCGUAAACUAAGCCUUCUGUUAAAUCAGGCAAAAAAUGUAAAAAGGCACAUUACCCAGCUCUUAAGCAAACACAGGGGCCCGUUAUUACAUUGUUAAGUCUAAAUUAAAAUGUAGCUGGAGAGUUUUGUAGCUAGCUGGUGGUGAAGUGUAUAGCUGCGUUGCCUAGCUAGCUAGCACAAGUUGGCUAGCUGGCCAACCAUCAAUAGCUCUCAUCAUGAGGAAUGUCAUCGACAAUGGCGUAGAAGACCGUGGGCCAGUUUUAUGGCUGUAAAUAGCGACAUGUCAACCUUCUCUGGUAACUUCUGUGUUUUACCUGGUGCCAACUUGCCCUGGCAUCUACAUGUGUCUGCCAUGGUCGUCCGUACCCCCUGCCAUUCAAAGAGCCGUCGCUAGAGUAGCUUAGUGUAAACAGAAAUUACAAACUACAAAAUUAUGAACGAAGCUCUUGGUAAUAGCAAAAAAGUAGUUAUCUCUGCUGGAGCGUUUGUGUAGGUUUCUAUUUCACAGCUAAAAGAGCCUGUCUCGGUAUGGGUUUCGGAAGUAAUGAGACCUCUCAUUUUUAUUGUCAGUUAACGUUACAUUUGCAGCGACAAAAGUCACCAUAAUUGUUUUGCUUUCUGUUGAAAUUGAUUUAUUCCCUGUGUAAACGCGAAUAGUCGUACGUUUCUUUUGGCCUUAACUUGAAUGCCCAGCUCUUAACCAAUAUGAUCUCUUGAGAAAUCUAGACUGAUAUUGCUAGUGUAGGUCUAGUCGCAACUAAAGUGAUCAGCAGUGGCACUUUCCUAUUUGCUCUAAGAUGACUUAGCGUGGUUUUGUUGUUUUUCCCCUCCUAUUAGAAAUAGUAUGUGAUCCAAGUAGUCUAGAGAGCGUUACUUUUUCUCCUCUCUGAAAAGGGGUAACCGUAGCUUCGUCCUAGUCGGUAGGACAACAAAAAAUAGAUUCUUUUAAAAAAGUGAAACGAUUAUCAACAAUGGGGGACGCUACUUCCCGAAGAAACCAAAUGAGAAACCGACUCCGUGCUCAGCUUCGAAAGAAACGAGAAUCCCUGGCUGACCAGUUCGACUUCAAGAUCUACAUCGCCUUCGUGUUCAAAGAAAAGAAAAAGAAGUCUGCACUUUUUGAGGUAGCAGAGGUGCUGCCCGUCAUGACCAACAACUACGAGGAGAACAUUCUGAAGGGCGUGCGGGAUUCCAGCUACUCUUUGGAGAGUUCCAUCGAGCUGCUGCAGAAAGACAUAGUGCAGUUGCACGCCCCUCGGUAUCAGUCGAUGCGCAGGGAUGUCAUUGGGUGUACCCAGGAGAUGGACUUUAUCCUUUGGCCCCGCAACGAUAUCGAGAAGGUCGUCUGUCUCCUGUUUUCCCGUUGGAAGGGGGCCGACCACGAGCCCUUUCGGCCUGUUCAGGCCAAGUUUGAGUUUCAUCACGGAGACUACGAGAAACAGUUCUUGCAUGCUGUUGGCCGCAAAGACAAGGCUGGAAUGGUUAUGAACAACCCAAACCAAUCUGUGUUUCUUUUCAUGGAUAAACAGCACUUACAGACUCCAAAGACCAAGGCCACAGUGUUCAAGCUGUGCAGUCUGUGCCUGUAUCUGCCCCAGGACCAGCUGACCUGCUGGGGCGCGGGAGGCGUGGAGGACCACCUGCGUCCCUACAUGCCCGACUAGUGCUCUCGGCCAGCGCUAGCGCCCCCCCCUGCCCACUUCACCCCAGACCCGCCCACUUCACCCCACCCCAGCCCACCAAAGCAAGUUGACCCGUACUCACCCUUAACGUUCCUCCAUUGAAUAGAAUUGAACUUGUGCUUGGAACUCUCCUUUUUUUUGUUGACCACUCAUUCUCAUCCCUCCCUCCCUCACCUGACCCCUCCCCUUGCCCACGUGUUGAUCAGGCCCCUCUGCCAGGUUCUGGUUUGGUCGUUACUCCACCCAACCCCACACCCUCCACCCCUCCCCGCCCACCUGUCAGAACCCUUCAUAGUUUUUGUUGUUGUCAUGUGAACCUGCAAAGAACAUUGAUUUUGAUUUGAGUGGUUGUUUCUUCUUGGAGCAGCACAGAGAGCCAACACCGGUCACUGAAGGAACUCGGUGAUUAAAAAGAAAACAAAAACACACAAACACAGGAUCCAGUGACGGUGGUCUUCAUAAUGGUCAUCUUGUUUUGGACAGGCUGGGUGUCCAGGUCAUGAAGGAUUGUUAAACUUGUCUGUUUUGUGGAGGGGGGGGUGGAAAGAUGCUAGGGAUGACAAUCUGUGACCAAGGACGAAGAGGCCGGGGGUGGGUUGGGGGUGUUUAACUCCUGAUAUGCAAAGAUGUAACGAGGUGAAUCCUUCAGCUCAUUCAGCCUAAGCAUUGCUUCUCCUGUUUGUCUUUAAACUGCCUUUGUUUUGCUGGACUUAUUUUAUUUUCUCAUUUGAGUGUCAUUCCUUGCCUAUAAAUCAAACCUUAUGUCAUUUUGUUCUGUAAUUUUCAUGAUGGUAAGAUCUGGAGUUUUGGGGAGUGGACAGGUGUUGAGUUAUGCAAUGCUGCGAGCAACCUUGGGUUUGGUUUGGUUGGAUCGACGGUCAUAGUCACCAAACAAGCCUCUCGUGCACUAGACAGUGGAGCUACUGAAUAACAGAUUCUGGUGAUGGGAACUGAGGGGAAGCGAAUCGUUUAAGCUUAUUUGCCAGACGGACAUCCAUGUCAAGGAGGACGUUUUAAGGAUCACUAGAAAUCUUGUUUUUCUUUUUGAUUGACAGGAGAACCAAUCUUGUAAUAAAACUAAUUAUUGCAGUGCUUAUAAAUGGGACAUGGUAUCUGUAAGUCUGCUUUACUUGGUGAAUGAGACAUUAAAUCACUUAAUUGAA